AUCGUGCUGGCCAUUGGUGCUCUGCACCCCCACUUUAUCUCGCAGGACACAAUGCCCUUCCUUACCAGCCUCCUCAACUCGUCGCAGUCGGUGUACUCCCCCUACAUGCUAGCGGACAGCCCGGCAUCUAAACUUACCAGCUUGUGGUCGCUCACCACGGGGCUGCACCCGGCCGACCACGGUAUCGUUGGCGACGCCUUCUACGACCCGGACUUCAAGGACACGUUCGUGCAGUACUCCAAGGACCCGAAAUGGUGGAAGGGCGAGCCGAUCUGGAGGGACGCCGAUAAGUACGGCAUGGAGGUCGUCACGUUCAACUGGCCCGGCGCCGACGUCGUUGGCGGCCCCUACCUGCCUCCGGACCACUACCAGUCGUUUCACGAGCGGGCUGAACUCAAGGAGCAGCUUGAGCAGCUUGCAAGGUUCUUGUCGCCUGCCACCGAGACAGAGCACAAGCCCGACUUGGUGCUUUCGUACGUGUCGACGUUGGAUAAAGUUGUCUCGGCUAAUGGGCUUUCCGGUAAGGAGUUGACCAGCGAGCUUUCCAAUGUCGAUUCGUUCGUGAAGAAGGUGUACGGAAUACUCAAGGAUAAGGGCAUGUUCGAGACCACCAACGUGAUGAUUGUCUCUGAGGGAGGAUAUGCUCCAACAUCGUCUGAAAGGACGCUUCACUUGGACGAUUUGGUCGACGUGACGAAAUUAGAACACGUCCAGGGCUUCCCCAUCGUGGGUGUGAACCCAAUCAUCGAGUACUCUGUAAGCGAGAUGGUGGACGAGAUGAGGGCCAAGCUUGCGACACAUGCGCUGCACAAACACUUCCAGGUGUACGCCAAGGAUGAGGUAGACGUCACGCUCUUUGGCGGACAUUCCGACAGGAUCAGCCCAAUCCUGCUCGUUCCGGACGCUGGGUACCUCGUUGCCACAGAGAACAAGGUCAACGCCCUGGAGGGUGACUACAGCUACGUAAGUGGCUACCGGGGUGACGAGGUGCUCUCCCGGGGGGUGUUCAUCGGUAGCGGGCCGACGUUUGUGCGGACCUUUGGCGAGCGGGACACUGUGUUGCGGCCGUUCGACAUCACCGACGUGUAUAGCAUCGUC